ACUGGUCUGUUAGACAUGGUGUUAGUCCUCCACAUGCCGACAGGGGACACUGGUCUGUUAGACAUGGUGUUAGUCCUCCACAGGCCGACAGGGGACACUGGUCUGUUAGACAUGGUGUUAGUCCUCCACAGGCCGACAGGGGACACUGGUCCGUUACACAUGGUGUUAGUCCUCCACAGGUCUGUUAGACAUGGUGUUAGUCCGCCACAGGCCGACAGGGGACACUGGUCUGUUAGACAUGGUGUUAGUCCUCCACAGGUCUGUUAGACAUGGUGUUAGUCCGCCACAGGCCGAGAGGGGACACUGGUCUGUUAGACAUGGUGUUAGUCUGCCACAGGCCGACAGGGGACACUGGUCUGUUAGACAUGGUGUUAGCCUGCCACAGGCCGAGAGGGGACACUGGUCUGUUAGACAUGGUGUUAGUCCGCCACAGGCCGAGAGGGGACACUGGUCUGUUAGACAUGGUGUUAGUCUGCCACAGGCCGACAGGGGACACUGGUCUGUUAGACAUGGUGUUAGUCUGCCACAGGCCGACAGGGGACACUGGUCUGUUAGACAUGGUGUUAGUCCUCCACAGGCCGACAGGGGACACUGGUCUGUUACACAUGGUGUUAGUCCGCCACAGGCCGACAGGGGACACUGGUCUGUUAGACAUGGUGUUAGUCCUCCACAUGCCGACAGGGGACACUGGUCUGUUAGACAUGGUGUUAGUCCUCCACAGGCCGACAGGGGACACUGGUCUGUUAGACAUGGUGUUAGUCCUCCACAGGCCGACAGGGGACACUGGUCUGUUAGACAUGGUGUUAGUCCGCCACAGGCCGACAGGGGACACUGGUCUGUUAGACAUGGUGUUAGUCCUCCACAGGUCUGUUAGACAUGGUGUUAGUCCGCCACAGGCCGACAGGGGACACUGGUCUGUUAGACAUGGUGUUAGUCCUCCACAGGCCGAGAGGGGAUUUCUAGCAGCCAGAAACACUUAGAUUACAGUUGUUUACAACAUGGGAGGAGACAGCUGCUUAAAGACUACUGACUGCUACCAUAACGAUUAGAUUAUCUCUCUCUCUGUCUCUCUCUCUGUCUCUC